GGCAUCGAACAUUGUUCAUUGGAGUUCAUGUGCCACUGGGUGGAAGAAAAAGUCACCGGCGCCAUAGGCACCGUGGACAUAAACACAGAAAGAGAGACAGAGAGCGAGAUUCAGGAUUAGAAGAUGGGAGAGAGUCUCCUCCUUUUGAUACCCCAUCACAAAGGGUGCAGUUUAUUCUUGGAACAGAAGAUGAUGACGAGGAACACAUUCCUCAUGAUCUUUUUACUGAACUUGAUGAAAUUUGUUGGCGUGAAGGAGAGGAUGCAGAGUGGAGGGAAACAGCAAGGUGGUUGAAGUUUGAAGAAGAUGUAGAGGACGGUGGAGAGAGGUGGAGCAAACCAUAUGUUGCCACCCUGUCACUUCAUAGCUUGUUUGAGCUCAGAAGCUGUAUCCUGAAUGGCACAGUUCUUUUGGACAUGAGAGCUAACUCCAUAGAAGAAAUUGCAGAUAUGAUUCUGGACCAGCAGGUGGGUUCUGGGCAGCUCAGUGAAGAUGUUCGUCACAGAGUGCAUGAGGCGUUACUGAAACAGCAUCACCAUCAGAACCAGAAGAAGCUGAGCAACAGGAUCCCAAUUGUGAGAUCCUUUGCCGAUAUUGGAAAGAAGCAGUCUGAGCCCCAUUCCAUGGAUAAAAAUG